ACAAACACCCACCUGCGUUGAACAUUCGUACAUUCAUUGAAGCAAUAUGAAUUGAAUCACGAAGUAAGAGCAUAAAACUGGUUGCUAGUGCAACUGUCGGCGAGGUGACUUUUUUCUCAGCAAUCAGAAUCAGCAGUUUAAGUAAUCUUAAGUACUUUACAAGUGUAGUGUUUACGGGCGAUAGACCGUUUAUCAAUGUGGAGCGCACACAGCUCGCCGUCAACAAGUAAUAUAGUGACAACAAUAGUGAGUUGUGCGCAGUGGCAAUGAAUAGAAUCCAUUGGGAGGGCGCGGCGUGACCGGCGCGUGCGCCGCGUGCGACAGACUCACACAAAAACUGACACAAAUUCUACAACUCCAUGCAACUAUUGAACACAAUCAAGAGACCAUUUUGUUUUGUAACACCAUGAAAGAAAUAUCUGAACACCUUCAUAUUGCAAAAUGUAAAUACCAGUUAUUAAAUAGAAGUAGAAAGUAAUAAUGACUAAUUUUAUACACUAUAUGAUACAUGCAUGGAAAUCGCAACAAAGGACAAGAAAUAACAAAAGCAACUUUAAUAUAGACAUCAAGAGAAUUCAAAAACAUAAUAACAGGUUAAAGUUAUUAUUUUAAAUGUAAAUCGAAAAAAUAUAAUGCAAAUAAAGACGAAAAUGAAAUUGUAAGGUAAAUAAAAGAAGACAAAACCUGUCACUUACUGUGGCCAAUCGCUUGCUGGGAAUAGAUUAAAACGCCAUUACAAGAGCAGCGGCGGGACAAGGGGCCGUGUCAUUAACAGACUGAUACGAGAUGCAAACCAGACGCAUGGCACCCUGAUGGACAUAUCGUGAUUACGCUAGAGGUGAGGCUGCCAGCUGGGAACGUUUAUUUGCAAUCCAGUCUCUAUCUUGAUGAGGGAAAUCGAUCAACACUGAUGAACACCGGGAUAUCUGUAUUUGAAACUCGUAAGUACAAACCUACCGGAGAGACCGUAAACAAAGUGUGAAACUAAAAUUUAUUUAAUUAUUCAGAAGUGUUAAACUUAUAGCGUCUCAAGAUUAAAUAUGUACUUACUUAAUAAUUUAUAUUUAAUCUUAAAGCAUUGUAGUAAAAGAGACAAUCAACAUAAAUAACAAUCAAAGGCCAACGGUAACAAGAACUUUCAAUUGCAUAUUAAAUUAAGUGCUCCGCUGCCUUAAUUGAAUUACAUUCAAAGGAACAACGAAAACUAAACUUGAUAAUUUAUGUCAGCGAUUACAAUCAAACUGAAAUAAAGACAAGUUCGUAUAAAAAGUUUACGACACGAUAGAUUACCGCAACACGCACCGAGCGAGAAGUUAGAGCGAUGUCGCUAAAUGAAUGUUUCCGGGAAUGCUGCGACAGCGGGCGCGGGUCAACUCGUGACUUUUAAAUUCACGCAGCCUGCUUCUCAAGACACGAAUUAAAAAUAAUUCGGGGAAAGAAAAAAAUAAAGAGCACGAAAGCACAACAGGCAAAAAGUUAAAAGUGUUUAUUUUAAAGAUUAAAUAAUCAAGAGCUCGAAUUGGUGAAUUGGCGCGGUGUGGACCGGUCGACAAAAAACUGGCUCAAGUCGAGCUCAUACGAGCUACAUACUUUGCAAAUUUUUUCGAACAUCAUUACGCGCUUAAUGGACAAAACCGUAUAUGAAAAAAUAAUAAUUUGUAUAAUACAUGGAUAAUACCAGCCCAAGUAUCUUACUAUCAAAAUUAUUAUGAAUCAAUAUGCCAACGUAUACAAGAACAUAUUAAAGUGCCACAUAAAUGUUAGUAUUAUAAUGAAGUCCGAAGAAGUUUGUGAUAAUUUUAAUAUGAUAAGAGUGAAGUAAAGGUAAAUUAACAAGCAAUUACAUUAUCUUUAUGACAACAACGUGAUGCUUGCAGUAAUAAAACAGUAGCUAUCGUCGCCGGCGACACACGCCCGCAGCAUUUUUGAACUGAAUUUUAACAAGACAAACGUUUUACUCUGGUUUUAGUCUUUUAUAAAUUAUUGAAUCUCUGCUGAAAUGUCAUCAGACAACCUUCUUUUGAAGAGACAUAAGCUAAUCACAGCACUCAUAAUCUACUUUUAAACAAUUCAAAUUAAUUCAACCAGAAUUCAGAAACCGAUACGAAACUUGAUAAAGUGACUUAUGAAAUAAACCACCUUUAACGGACGACAGAACCAAUGUGCCAGUGCAAUAUAAAAUAAAUUACAGAAAUUGUAUGAAAAGUGAUGCAGUCAAAUUAAACAGAACCUGAGCUUGUGACAAAUUACGCCGAAGUUUGAAAACCAUAGUAGAGAAGCACACAAAUAUCCAUAGAUACGUAUAAAGAUGGAGCUCAAUGAUGAUGACAAAGCAGUACACCUCGAUGAAGUCCUGGAGCACCUGGGAGCGUUCGGCCGCCACCAGCUGCUUACCAUGUGCAUGCUGGCGGUCGUGUACGCCACCAACUCUAUGUACAAUAUCAACUAUGUCUUCGCCGUUGAAGAUGUCAAUUAUAGAUGUAAGAUUCCGUCUUGCGACGCGGUAGACACGAAUUUCUCAGCGUCGUGGCUGAUGCUGUCGUCUCCUGGUUUCGAGGAUGAUACCAUCAAGCAGUGCCAACACUACCAGGUCGUUGACCCCUCCUGCACCUUCGAUAACUCCACGCUACAAGAUUGUACCGAAUGGAUGUACGAGGUGCCGAACAGCUUUGUGGCAGAGUUUGGUUUGGCGUGCGAAGACUGGAAGCAGGCGAUGGUGGGCACCGUGCACAGCUUCGGGAACAUGCUGGGGCUGCUGGUGCAGGGACAAAUCUCUGACAGAUUUGGCCGCAAAACCGCAGCAGUGUUCGCCGGAACUAUGGGAGCAGUUUUGGGAAUAACGAAGAGUUUCGCCACUUCGUUCUGGUUCUACAUCGUGCUGGAAGGGCUUGAAGCGGCCAUCGGAGACGCGUUAUCGCCGAUGUUCAUGUUAAGUAUCGAGAUAGUGGAAAAAAAACGUGCAGUACUCUUCCAGAUGAUUCUUUUAAACUGCUACACGUGCGGGUUGAUCGUGAUGCCCUUCAUCGCGUGGGCGGUGCCCUACUGGAGACAUUUCCUCCGGGUCAUAUACGCACCCACUCUACUGAUACUCACAUACUCCUUCUACCUCGACGAGAGCAUCCGUUGGCUCUUCAGCAAGGGCAAGAGAGACAGAGCGACCAAACUCAUACAGAAGAUCGCCAAGAGAAACGGCGUAGAAAUUGACAAGAUGACAUUAAGCAAAUUAGACUAUAUUGGAGAAGACCAAUCGAAUGUAGUGAAUGACAGGAAACUGUUGAUGAAGACGUUCAAGUCUAAGAUAAUGAUGCAGCGCUUCGUGGUGUGCAUGGUGUGGUGGUUUACAAUUACUCUCAUCAAUUAUGGGAUGAUGAUCAGCUCGGUGUUUAUCGACGGGAACAAGUACGUGAACUUCGCGCUGCUUAUGCUGAUGGACAUUCCUUCGAACGUAUUCUAUUGGCUAGCGCUCUCCAAAUACAAGAGAAAAAUUCCGCUGCUCGCCUCCUUCCUUGUAGGCGGCGUGUUCUGCGUCACGCAACCGUUUGUACCAAAAGGGUACGCGUGGUUGGGCCUGGCGCUGCUGAUGGUGUUUGAAACGCUGGCGACGUUCUCGUACAACAUCGUGUACAUGUACACGUCAGAGCUGUUCCCCACGUACACGCGCAACUCCAUGCACGCCGUGUGCUCCGCCGUCGGCCGCGUCGGCGCCCUGCUCGCGCCGCAGACGCCACUGCUUAUAUCAUACUGGUCGGGUCUUCCGGCGCUCCUGUUCGGUCUGACGUCACUGCUGUCAGGGGUGCUGACGCUGCUGAUGCCGGAAACGGCCAACUGCGAGCUGCCCGACACCGUGCUCGAGGCCGAGCGGAUCGGGCAGAGACGACGCAGCAGCCAGAAACUAGGACAGAUCACGCUCAAGAACGGAACAGCAAAUGCAGCCACAGUCAAACAAGAGGCUCCACUGCUCAACAAAUAUGAAGACAACAAGACUUAGUAUAUUGAAAAGGAUAGUAAGGGAAACAAUUGUUACCAAAAGUCAGACAUGUACGAUAUAGAAGAGUUCUUCAAAAGUUAAGAGGGCCACGACUCUGCAAGUUAGUACCUAAUUUUAAUUGUAAAUACGAGAACAUUACUAAAUUAUUGUACCUAAACAAUUAAAUUUAAAUUCCCUUUACGUAUAUCAAUGAUGUCGAACGGAUCGGACAGAUCCUGCCAACAAUGUAUACAAGCUUCUUCUCUGAACUAAAUUAUUAUGAAAGACUAAAUAGAUUCAGGCGUUACUUUGCUCAAAUUCAUUGUCAUGAUAGACACCAUAAAAUAGGAGGAUGGAGUAGAGUUCUUCAAAAUUAAAGAAGUCCUGAAGUCUUUAGGAUAGUAACUUAAUUUAAAUAUAAAUAUGUAAGUAAUUAAAUAAUUGUAAAUAAAUUUAUUAAAUUGC